CUACGUGUUUGUGUGGCUUCGAUAUUUUACAUGUAGCACUCUUAUCUCCUCCACCUUUGGAAUAUGGCGUCUAAUGUUCCUAAUUCCACGAUUGUACGUACCUGUUAUAAUUGUGGCGAUCCGGGUCACUUCAUUAGAUGGUUUCCCCACCCUAAACCAGCUAACCCUCAUUCUGCUCUUAUCCCCACACAACAACCUCUGCCCACCUUGUUGUACGCAUCUUCUUCCAAUAAUGAUGCUAUUGCUAUUAAUAGUGGUGCAGGGCAGUUUUCCAGGGGUUCUGGAUGGAAUCAAGCAAAGCAACGGCUUGAUUACCUGGAGCAUAUCAUUGCUGAGACGCAUGAUGCCGAAGUUGAGAAGGAGAAAAAUAUGAAGGCUGAAGAAGAAAAGGCAUUGAAAGAGAAAGCCGAUGAAGAGCGACGUGAAGCAGAAAGGAAGGAGAGGGAAGAUUUUCGUAAGUCGCUUACUGAUUCUAUGAAUACGAGACUGAAUGGUGUUGUUGACGUUUUGCAUAACAAAGGUAACAACAAUGAAGUCGAAGCUCUGCGCAAGGAGGUAGAGAAGCUUGGGGGAAAGGCAAGGCAGGGCGGCGCUUCGACAAGUUUUGUCCAAGGUACGGUCCACGAUAAUGAUAGUGUACUUGCGAAGCUACUGGCUAAGCAGGAGCGGAUGAACAGCCAGUUGGAUGAGGCUCUUAUGGCGAAAUGGCGGCUGAAGUUGGUAGAGAAGGAAAUGCACGAGGACCUGGAGAAGGCGAAAGAAAAGAUCGCACGGAUGGAACGUGAAAUGUCGCAGAAGACCUCUCGGUCUAACCUGCGUUCAAAGAUGGACGAAGUCUGUACUGGCAAGGGCAAGGAGAAAAAGGGCAAGGACAAAGUGGUGGCAGACGAAAAGGAGAAAGAGGCGUUUGCGAAGGAUGAGAGGAAAUCGUUGAGAGGGAUGACUAAGGAUGCACUCAUGGCUAUCUGCGAUAAGGAAGGUGUCAAGUACGUGGGGGUGAAGCAAACAGUGGACGACAUGGUCGCGCAUCGGGUCAAGAAGGCGUUCCCUCCGGUAACCGUGGAAGUUUCGGAGGAUCUGGCCGAUGCUGUUGGUGAGAGAUCAUCCGGGGGAGACUCUGUCUCUUAAUGUCUCUCCCGGACGUGACGACUCUUUGGAACUUAUUUCGACGUUUCUUUGCACUCAGAUCUACCUCGAUCUCAUACCUUCGC